AUGCAUUCUGAGCAGGCAAAUAGAUGGCUAGUUACCUACAAUUCCAUAUCGGCAUCUCUUUGGUCAAUUGUCUUUUUCAACACUGUUUUUCUUGCCGUGACGUUAGGACAGCCCUUUGUGUUUUUAAAGACAAAUAACAUCACCACAUGGAUCCAAACUUUUGCUGUUGUUGAGAUUUUCAAUUCCUUAACUGGACUCGUCAAGUCUCCAGUAGUCACUACUGUGACCCAGGUGUUUUCUCGCUUAUUGCUUGUCUGGGGCAUUCACCAGUAUUUGCCGAACUCUCCGGCAAAUACUCAUUGGUGCUAUAUUACAUUAUGCUUGAGUUGGUCCAUCACCGAGAUUAUUAGAUACUUCUACUACGCUCAACACUUGAUGGGACAUGUACCUCAUUGGUUGACCUGGUUACGUUAUACUACAUUUUAUGUUUUGUACCCAACAGGCGUGUUUAGUGAAGUUUACCUGAUUAUCUUGUCUUUGAAUCAAGCUGGAUUUUAUUAUGGCUGGUUCUUGAGAGUUGUUUUGGUUACUUAUAUUCCGGGAUUUUACAUGUUGUACACUUAUAUGAUCAAGCAGAGAAAGAAGGUGCUCGGUUCAAAAGUAAAGACCAAUUGA